CACCUAAACCUCAAUCGUCAAAAAAAAAAAUCCGUAAACUUUUCUACCCAAAAUCUAAUCUCUUUUGGUAAUCAGAAGGGAUUCCUUUUGAGUCUUUCUGGGUUUUCGAGAUUUUUUCCAUUACAAUAUUUUAUUUUUGUUAUAAAUAAAAUCAUCCAAUCAAAAUCAGCAAAGAAUGGGGUGUGGCGCGAGCAAUCCAGCAGGAGGUUCAAAGGCUAGUCGGAUAAAACGGUGGCGUUCCACCGGCAUUAUUGGCCUCCGUGACUCCAAAUUAAAGACAUUUCCUGAUGUAGUGAUUGAGAUGGGGAGAGGAGUACGGACACUUGAUCUAACACACAACAAGAUCUCUGAUGUUCCUGCAGAAAUCAGCAAGUUAAUCAAUAUGCAGCGUCUGUUAAUGGCUGAUAAUCUAAUUGAACGCCUUCCCGGGAAUCUUGGGAAGCUUCACUCUCUUAAAGUUUUGAUGCUUGAUGGAAACCGCAUUAGCUGUUUGCCUGAUGAAUUGGGUCAGUUGAUAAGGCUUGAGCAACUAUCAAUCUCAAGAAAUAUGCUCAUAUACUUGCCUGAUACUAUUGGUAGUCUUCGAAAUCUAAUGCUGUUGAAUGUCUCAAAUAACAAACUGAAAUCACUUCCGGAAUCACUAGGGAGCUGCGCUUCUCUAGAGGAAAUACAGGCUAAUGAUAACGUUGUUGAAGAGCUCCCUGCAUCGCUCGGUAAUUUGAUUCAGUUAAAGUCGCUUUGCUUAGACGAUAAUCAAGUAAAACAGAUACCAGAUGGAUUGCUGAAAGAUUGCAAGAGUCUGCAAAAUCUAUCUCUGCAUAACAAUCCCAUCUCCAUUGAUGAGUUUCAGCUGAUGGAAGGAUACCAAGAGUUUGAAGAGAGGAGGAAGAAGAAAUUUGAUAAGCAAAUAGAUUCGAAUGUGAUGAUCAGCUCAAAAGGACUUGAUGUAGGCGUUGAUAAAUGAAUUACUCUACAGUCUGUCAACAUCUCCUUACUUCGUUGGAUUGAUGAAGGAGGAUCAAAGGUCUCUUGCGUGUAAGAAACAUUGUUGUAAAACUAUCUCGCUCUCACUAGAAUCUCUGUAAUGGGGGGAUUCUGCUGAAAUUCUUAUGAACACGCAUGUAUGAUGUACGUACAUAUAUGAAGGCGUGUAAUGUGCGUGUGUAAUGUAACUGUGUAAUGUGUGUGUGUUUAUAUUAUUUAUACGUAUACCAUGGCAAAGAGAUUCCUCGCCUUU